UGAAAAUAUCAAAGUGUGCAGUGUCCUUGUAGUUUGUCAGAGAGCCGAGGUCCUGCUGUCAGUCCCGGAGCAUCAGCGGAGCGAAGAGGACAGAGUGUCCAGCACGGAGUGUCACUGUCCUCGGACGUCAGGAACCACAGUGUGCCCCCCCUCUACCACCUCCACCUCCGUCCCGGCAUGUGGAGCCGCUUUCUCCUUGGAUGACCUACACGCCACCUCUCACAGGAGCAGAGCGGACGUCGGUUCGUAACAGCUGAACACCUGCUGGUCAGGAGGAGCGGCGGUGUGCGUGUUACAGCGGGCAACAAGUCAGAGCGAGUCUCUUGCAGGCUUUCAGGCCGACUCCGGAGCAGCUGACCCGGGGAACAAAAUAAGGCACGUUGCGUAAAUUCUCCAGUCGCGGCUGCGUCAGGAGGGGCGGACAGAGGACUGGGAGUUGCACAGUUGACAGUCAAUGUUUGCACCUGAUUAUUGACGAGAUAAGCAUUUUUAUACACACACAAGCCACAGGAUUUCUUGAGGUUACCGGCGUUCACAUGAUGUACACAAUUACCAGAGGUCCCAGCAAACUUGUUACACAGCGGAGGACAGGUCCCACUCAACAGAUCGAGAGCAAAUUCAGCGACUUGAAGCUCAAGCCGACGUCUUGGCUCACAUCAAACUCGCCGCCCCCGAAGAUCGUGUUCAACCGCCUCAAUGGGAAGCGCUACCACAGUGCAGCCACGCAGAAGGCCGAAAGCCCAGCGGAGGGAUUCACUCCUGCACAUGAGGAGAACGUCAGAUUUGUGUAUGAAGCAUGGCAGGAGGUGGAACAGAAGCUGGGGGACGGGGGUUGUGGGGAGUCAACCAACAGCCAGGGGCCCAUUCAGUACACUGAGAAGACCCCCAGUGCUGCGAUGAAGAACUUUGUGCCCAUAGACCUGGAGGAGUGGUGGGCUCAGCGCUUCCUUGCCAACAUUGCCAACCUGUCAUGACUGGUUGAGGCUUGGAGCCGGGACAAGAAGUACUGCGUUGAUGCUCCACUGGUGAAAGCAUCACCGGAGCAGAGAGGAGCAGAGUCCAUCUCCAGGAUCUGCGGUGCAAAAGGGCCGUGCGUAAUUUGGAAUCUGAUUUGACGCCCUGUAGAGGAAACUGGAUGCACAACACAAACGCCCUGAUGCACAACACUGGACUUGACUGUGAUCACAGUGCUGACUUGAUGUUGUGCUGCUACAAAGGACCCGUCUCUCUACUUGAAUGACGCAUCAGAUAGAAGUUGUGAGAUUUUUCUUGUUAAAGAACCCGCCUCCUUUCUCAAGUGUGCUCGGCUGUGUGUACAGCAUGUCUUGGCUGAUCUUUGGAUAUAAAUCUACUGAAGAGCAAAAAAAGUAAAAUGUUUUUAAAAAAAAUCCAGUGUGGAAUCAUUUAUUUGACUUGAAUGCCUUUUGCACAGAUACAUAAUCAUAGAGGUGAAACGCCACAUGGUAAGAAUUCAUCUUUGUACUAUUACACAUGAUGAAGAUAGGAGUGUGUAAAAUCUUUUUUGUACGUCAGGAAUGACAACUCCAAUGAUUUU